AAUACUAAAAGUAGUACAAGUAUGAGGAUUGGUAUCCUUAACUUUAAAAUUUGAAAAAAUUACUUAGCAUGGUACAUUUAUGCAUCACACCAUAGGCCACUAGGACGUGACAUCUCUUCAGUCGGAUUUUCCCAUCUCCUCAUUAUCUCUCCUACGCAUUUCUCUGUUAAGCAUGUGGGCAUCAGCAGGUGGAAACAACAAUAAUAGCAGCAGCUACAUAGGGUGUGGUAGUUCACCUUCAAAAUCCUCCUCCACCUGCUCCUCCCCUGCACCUUGUUCAUCACCAUCUUCAAAUACCCUUAACCUGUCAGCAAAAAAAUCCAUGGAAGAAGUCUGGAAAGAUAUAAGCCUAGCUUCUCUAACUGAUCACCCUGCAGGAACUGUCCUCUCCUCCACAACCAGUAACCCUACCUUUCCUAGCAUGAUCUUUCAAGACUUUUUGGCUAGGCCCUGCAACAAAGAACCUCCAAGAAGAGGUAGUGUCUCCAUCGACACAUCCCUCGCUGAAGAAACCACCCUUUAUGGCUCUCUAGCACCCACUCCUGGCACCCUAUUGAGCUUGAAUUCUGGGUCUGAUUUCAUAUCCAUGGAAAGUAGUGGAGAUCCCGUGAGGCCAAACCCAGCAGUCAAUGGUCGUACCGGCGUUGGAACUCCAACUUUUGGUUCCUCUCACAACUCUACUUGUCAUGCGUUUGGCUCUUCUGCAGUUUUCCCUUCUUUCUGCCUUAAAAGGGCUAAAGAAAACAAGGAAAAUUCCAACGAUCGGCGGCAUAAGCGCAUGAUGAAGAACAGAGAGUCAGCUGCUCGGUCAAGAGCCAGAAAACAGGCUUACACAAAUGAAUUGGAGCUUGAAGUUGCUCAUUUACUGGAAGAAAAUGCUAAACUUAGAAGGCAGCAAGAGAAGUUGUUGGCAGCUCCUGCUCAGCUUCCCAAAAAGAAUACUCUCAGUAGAACUUUAACUGCUCCAUUUUAAGAUGUAAGAAGGCAGCCAUUAUUCUUCUUAGUCUCUGUUUUUCAUGCCCUUUUGUUUUUGUUCUCUAUCAUCCAGUUGACCAAACAAAUCACUUGUCCGUUAGAUAGAGAUGCUUUUAAAUGGGCUAAAACAAUAGGCAGGGUUUUUGGUUGGAUACGUCUCUCUCAACUAUCCAGUGGUUGUAAAGAAAAAGGGCAAAAAAGAAAAAAUUGUAAGGAAUAAAAGAACGGCCUGUUUUGGGAUCCCAGGCCGCAGGGAGAAAGCCGUUGGUGGGGUGGUUCCCUAGUUUUUAUAUCUAUCCCUUGAAUCCCUGGACUUUUGUUUUUUUUUAGUUUUCUUGAUGUUUGCUUUCUCUUUUACGAAUGAGGACAAGGAGGUUUCAAUGAAAGACAAUUAAUGCUUAAAGCGAAAGCACCAUAGGUAAUCUGUUUGCCUAAUAAAGAUGUUAACAGUGUCAAAGAUGGGACAUGUUUGGCUAUCAAUAUCAGUAUAUCACCACUUAUUCCUAACCUUAUCUCUGCCUGCUCCUAGUCUUCGUUCACUCUCCCGCAUUCCCUAUUUCAUUGCUCCUCCUGCCCCAAUCAAGAUUGGUCAUACUGCUGUUUGGUUUGAAAACAUUUCUAACUGGAGGCAGAGGGUAGGGGUCAAGUGCACAGUGCACAGUGCACCAACAAAUUGAGUGCCAACAAAAAGCUUACCCCUGUAGUAAAACCUGCUAAACCCACUCGGCUUGAACAAUCCUGACACUCAGGACUGUUUCUUCUUCUUUUUGGUAUAUAUUAGUGUUUGAUGAGUGAAUAUGAGUAAUGGAUAUUGUAAGAUACUUUUUGCCGAAAAAGCUAUUGAUUCGAAUGGGUGGUCGUUCCGAAGUCAUGCCACGACGCCCCUUGGGCCCCCACGGCUUUCAAAACCUUUGGUUAAAAUAUUGGCCUUUCUCCAUUUAAUAAAAAAAAAAGGUACUAUUAGUAGUAUACUUUUACUUGAGACUUUUUUAAAAACCCAUUGCAUGACCUCCUUUUUAUAGUAGUUAAAUUUUUUUUAUUGUAAACUCUGGGUAAUGCUUUUAAUUCUAAUAGA